CGCCCACGUUUACAAGCCCCUACUGCUCUACACCAGCCAUGGCGAUCACCGCCAGACCAAGGUUCACGUCAGCUCAAGUCACUGGGUUUUAUUUCCAGCCGUGCCGCGAUGACUUCGACGAGAUAAUUCUCGAGUAUUUCCGAUGUCGUUGCGGCACGGUUAGAAAGCAGACCCGUCGAAACGGGCGUGCUAACCUCAUGCAGCACGUUAGACAUGAGCAUCCCAACUUUGAGGCCGAGAUGCUAGAGGCCACGACAUCUGAAACCGGCACGCUACUCAGCUACGUGUCGCGGUCUUCUCAAAACCUGUACGGCUGGCUCAUGUGGGUUGUUACGAGCAAUCUACCUCUCACUUUUUGUGAGAAUAGAGCGACAAGACGCUAUACGACACUCGAUCCGGUAUGCGUCGAGACGCUGCGCGCUGCGCUUGAAGGCGUGUCUGUGGCAGUGGAGAGGUCAAUUGCCUCUGAGAUGCCAGACCAAUUUGGGCUCAUUCUAGAUGGAUGGACCCAUAUGUCUGAGCACUAUCUUGGAGUCUUCGCCUGCUACGAGGUUGGUGGCAAGGUGAAGACUCCCUUAAUCUGCAUGGCUCCUCUGAUGAAUGAGGCCGAUGACGAUCUCUCUGCCCUCGCGCACAGAGAGUUUCUAGCGGAUAUGCUGCCGAGGGAUUUUGGGAAACAGAUUGACCAGUGUUUAUUUGUCGUGGGUGAUAAUUGCAGCGUUAAUCAGCGCUUAGCUUCGCUCAUCGGCGUUCCCUUAAUCGGGUGCGCUUCGCACCGACUUAAUCGGGUGGUCCAACAAGAUCUUCAAAGUCACGAGGCUGAUCUUGCCGCAGUUCACGGGCUAAUGAUCAAGCUUCGGACGCUGACGCAGUCGGCUAAACUGAGGUACCCAUGCUGUUAUUCUGUGGUUUUAUCUAUAAUUCCUACGAAUAAGGAUAAUGUGUGGUGUUUUAUGAUAAUUCGUAGGCUUAAAACAAGUCUCCGCCCGGUAAUUCGGCAGGACACACGGUGGAGUUCAACGUUUGCAAUGUUGCACCGUUACUUCAAGCUUCUCGAGCACCUCGAUAAGGAUGACGAUGACGUCGCUGAGCUUCUUCCUGGUCCGGUGUGCAACCGCCGCCUGCGCAAGCUGCUGAAAGAGCUCGCCAAUGUCGAAUCCGUAUCGAAGGCCCUUCAAGGCAGCGCUGAUCUCUUAGACGUGCGCGAAUGGUUCGACGGUCUCAUCGCUAUGAAGCCGCAGUACGCGCAUUACCUUGCGCCACGAGCUGACAUUGUCCACAGCCCGGACUUUGAAUCGGGCUGUGUCCGUGUCUUGCGAGGCAACUCUAACCGCCUGACAAGAACGAGAAGGCAGUAUUCCAGCCUUUCGCUGCAAGUGCUGCAGCCGCGCCCGAAUCGGACGACGAAGAGAGCUCAUCGUUCGUCGAGCGCCUUCAAAAGCGCAGGAAGCUGGCGCAACAAGAGCAGAAGUACGUGCUGAUCCGUAGUAUCCCUCUGACGUCGAACAUCGUGGAGAGUUUUUUAGUAUUGCCCGGACGACAUUUGGGCAGGAACGCAACAGCCUUCAACCAGCGACGCUUGAGCAGAUCCUCUUUCUCCGUCAGAACGCAAGCUACUGGGACGUAGGUACCAUUGAUAGUCUCCGAAGUUAACCACCAUCAUAAGUCAUUAUGUAUGUG